ACCCGUCUGGACACCCACUUAUCGAGGAGACGCCGUCAUUUGACCUGGGCGUCUUCACACCUCCUUGCAAUAAAGCAAAAGAACCUACCUCGUUGAGCAUUGGUUCCAUAAAGGGCAUCACGCGGAAAGACCUGUUCGGCGCUGGUGAAUUCUCCACUAAAACUCCUGGGUCUGCAGACCAGGUGACACCAUCAACCCCCUUUCACAUAGGGAGCGCAACUAUACAUCCCACACAAGAACACCGUGUGGUGGCACACGUGUCACCGGUUAGUUGCACUAGGUCUGUAGCCACUGGCCUUUUGGACUUCAGAGAGGAAGUAGAGGCAGACUGUGUAAACCUGAACAAACCGGUUGAGGAAAUAUCACUACCCGCACCACCACCCAAAAGGAGAGUUGCCCCUGGGCCUGCCGGCCGAUCGCCGUUUGUCAUGCAAUAUCGUUUGUCCGAGAGGGCUUCAGGAGAUGCAACACAUUUGUAUCUAACAUUCUCCCAGAUGGACGGAGCAGUGCUAAGCAACAACUGGGUUGUUAGUCCAUUUCCAAGCUACAUAGAGCUGACGGGCAUCGCACUCAAAAGACAGUUGAGCGUGGGAGGUUUCAUAGAGAUAGACUUGAUGAAUGUUUUUAUGCGGAGGUUCCAGCAGCUAGAGAAUGCUUGGGCCAGAAAAUAUGGCGACUCACCAUGGAGGCAUUACUUGGAACCAGACUUCAUGAGCCACGUAUUGCGAGGCGGAGGAUUCAUCCAUAAUGACUAUGUAAGGAACAUUUUUGUUGGGCAUCACAUCUCGCAUGAUGUCAACAGAUGCCCUAUGAUGGUCUUGCCAGUGCAUCAUGCGCACGCUUGGUCAACAUAUAUAUUCGACUUCCCGAGGAGGAGGACAACCAUUUUAGAUCCUAUGAUCAACAACGGGGACAGACCAGCAGAUGAAUUGCGCAACGAACACAUAAAAAUAGCAGAUGAGCUACGCGGGGCGCUAUUGGAAUGCAUAGCUGAAUACUUCGAUGGUUGGACACCCAAGACCAAAGGAUGGCAGAAGUGGUUCCCAAAACUCACAACUGGACCUUGGGUCUGCAGCAGGGCUUCUAGCGGGGUCAUUGCGCUACACUAUGCUAGGCAGUGGAUGGGGACGAAGCUACAGAGGACUUUAUCGCCG